UUUUUAUUUAUAUUUUAUACUUUUCUAUCUCCUCCCACAGUCAUUUUUUUCUUAUAGUUGAUCCGAAGCUACGACUGCGCAUUAGCCAAACGAAUCAACGACACCGUCCACCACCUUCUCUCUCUGCAACCUCUCAUCACUCUCCGCCAUGGCUGACGAGGAACCUGUUGAUCAGAAGAGGCUUCUUGAAGAAUCUUGCAAACCAAAGUGUGUGAGACCGUUACUUGAAUAUCAGGCAUGCAUUAAAAGGAUAGAAGGGGAUGAUUCCGGGCAGAAACACUGCACUGGACAAUAUUUUGAUUAUUGGUAUUGUGUUGACAAAUGUGUUGCACCAAAGGUAUUCACACAACUGAAGUAAUAUGGAAGAAUAUUUCGGUUUCAUAAGGUUUUUCUGUUUUGUCUUCAUUCCCAAAUAACUGCCCUAAACAUGUGAUUUUGAAACCAAAACGCAUGCCCUGUGUGGUUAUUAUUUUUGUUAUUGGGAGUUUUUGAUCCCAUGGAGACCUCGGAUGAUAAUUAAUAAUAAUACCAUUAUGCCAAUUUUUAACUGAGACUUGGCUGGAAACAAUUUACUUCAA